AUGGAAUCCUCUACCACUGAACGAGCUGAGGGGGGCUCCUCUACUCUUGAGGAAUUAAAAUUGCCACGAUUUUCUCCUGGAGCCACCUACAUCCCCAUUCGACCAACGCCCCCAAGGACCGAGAUCAGAAACGCUCCUGAGCCCUGCCCACCGCUGCUCCUUCUAGACAACGCAGACACACUCGUGUUCAUCGAUGCACCACCACAAUCGUCGACUAACUCCGCGUUACCUGCUUCAAGGGAAUCUAUCCCGCACCGCAUACACAGCCAGAAGCUCUUAGAAACUAAUUCCUCGUUCUUCAAGAAGCUCUUCAAUCCGAGGACGCAGGCUCGGAUUGUCAAGCGCCGUGGACUCACUGGCGGGCUUACGAACCGGCUCAAGUAUGCUAUCGAUCUGACUCCUCCCACGGAGGGAGAAGAUGCGGUCAUCACCGUCACGGAGCUUUCUUGCCCUCUUGGUAUCAGGACGUGGUCACGCUGUCAGAAACGAUGGAGCCUCCCUAUGUCGUGUGUCGGGGGGCAGGACGAGGUUGAGGUGUUGGAUACAAAUACUCACAAAGGCUUAGGCGGGCUGCCAUCCCAGGAGUCGAAUGGUUCAGUUGCGCAGAAUCCUGAGACAGGUGAACAGGCUGAGAGGCACCAGGAAGGUGAGGUGAGAAACAAGACUGCCAAAUGGCCCGAGGUUUCGGUUUUUGAAGCAGAACACAAGAAUUCGCGCAAGAAGCUUGGACUACCGCUGGACUACUCUGCUUCUCGUCACCGUGCAGGCAUUGAGCAGAUCUUGCAGGCUCUGGAGGAUUUCCACCCUCAACUUGACACCCCUUGCAAGCUUUGGACUUUUUUCGCCCUGGCGAAGCUGUAUGAUAUUGCCACGGCACCGAAGAUAUGCGACCCCAUUCUUUCCUGGUUUUACGAGCUCACCAAUGUCCGGUUCAUUGAGAUCCACCCGGAGAUCAGCUAUCGGAUAGCUUGUGGAAUUCAGUGCGCCUCCCUCUGUCAGGACACCUUCUCUAUCCUUGUGGGAGAGGAGGCCCUGCUUCUGCUGGCUAACGGGGACCAACCGGCCAGCCUGGGGAGGCCUCAGGUGACAUGGCAUGGACGCCUGCGUGAGUCGCUAGACGACACAGAACUUCAGCGUAUUGAGUACGCCAGUAAGAGCUUCCUGGAUCAUGUCAUCAAUUGUUUCAUUCACUUGAUGGGGGCUAGCAUGGCAUGGCUCCAUACUUUAUCUGAGUUUCGGAAGGUUUACCAUUUUCAACCAAGAUCCUCACGAGAACAGGAGGCCAAGUCUCGGCUUCUCGCUGGUCUGAAAGACUUCGUGAGAUGCACCUUAUUAUCGACCCUAUUGGGCCGUGAUACUGAGAUUGGGUUCCGAGAACCAUCUCCCAGCUCACAAGACGAUGAGGGCUAUCCAUCACCAAAUUUUGCGUACGCUUACAGAGAGAUGUCACCAGCAGAGCGCAUAAUCAGUAGGACAUUCUGGCAAAGUCUAGCCCUUGAGAGUUUCAGUGGCCAGUGCGCUAUUCGCUCCGCCAGACAGCCUUCCGUCAUUGCCUCCCUUGCCAAAAGCAUACCACAGUUCAGAGAGCAAGAGGACUGGCAGACCAGUGGUAUAUUACGAACAAUAUUGAUAGACAGGGUCGAAUACUUCAAUUCUUUCUACAGAAGAUUUGAGCUGAGAGUCUUCGAUUGGGAUGCGAGCCGACCCCAAACGACGGCAAACGCCUCCAGAUCCGGGCUCUCUAUAUACAGCGCACCCCAACUAACGAACAUCCAGGGGAUUGAUUUGGUUCUACCGCGUGACACGAUAGAAUUUGACUUCGCUAGCUUCAUCGAUCAGGCUCAGGGUUACGUAAAUAACUACGCAAAGCAGAUGACCACGCCUCGGCCUUCAGCCAUGCUCUACGAAUUGACUGAUACUCUGACAUGCCUCACAGAGAAUGAGUUCAAAUAUCUGCCCUUGUGGGCUGGUGGCAAUGACGACGGAUCCGGAGGCGUCUUUACCGAUGAUAACAUGCCAAUACUUGAGACAGGAGGCUUCUCAACGCCGGGGCCAGCGAUCCAUACAGGUAGCACGGCCUCCUCAGUGUUAUCGUAUUCCACCAUCGCGCCCACAGAGUUUGAGAGUACAGUUCAGGGUGCCUCUCACAGGGCCACGGACAGUCAUCAGAGUGAUCUAAUGUCAAUUGAUACAGAUAUUGACACAGAGAGUGGAAGGACCAGCUACCAUGUAUCAGCUUGGUGGCAGAGUGCUGACGACGAUACCUCGAUCGAUCUGAGCUCGGCCGAUGACGAGGAGUUCGACUUUGAUUCCGCGAGUGACUCUGCCGACACUGUCGUUGUGGGCUCUCCGAGUCAUAGUGACCUUUUGAGUGACUUUGAGGAGGUGCAAGUGGACACCAACAAUGCCUCUGCUUCACAUCACUGA